AUGGCUCAGUCGACUUCCAUGUCCCGCAUCCUCUCACUAUCAACCCAGAGCGUUAAAGGACCCGACGUGAUAGUAGGGGAUCGGCCCAUACGCAAAGUCUGCAAGGCAUCCAUCAUGCAGAUAAUCUGUGGCAUUCUCAUCUUCUUCAAUGCCGUCCCCUCCUUCGCGUUGGUGAUUGUUGUCGUCAUCCAGGGGCUCAAGGCAAAAAGGUCGCGGAGGGUGUAUGCCAAGAAAAGCUGCCUCAUUCUGACUCGGUCGCCAAAGAGAAGCUUCACCAUGGAUCCACAGUUGGCCCCUUGCCUACCGAUCCCUGUUUUAUCUCUUCCUAUCUACGCAAUGAGCCGUCUCUGGACCUACGGAGGCGUCUCCUCUUCACAGGAGUCUCAGACAAUUAGAGGUUCGGCCUUGUUCGGCGUCAACCAUCGAGUCAUUGAGGAUGAAGUACACCACACAAUCACCUCCUCUAAACUCUUCUUCCAAGAAGAGAGAGUUACUAUCGGCAUCUUUGAGCGAUAUAGAUGGUUAUCGCGCGCUCUCCAGGCCUCGUCGAUAACAUUCGGGGGCAGAUGGUUGUAUAUGAGCGUCAAGAGUCGACCACCAACAAGGCCUAGCAGAGAGUCGAGUGAACUUCUCCAUCAAGUCCAGGUCCAGGCACCUGGGGCACUCAAUCUCCUCCAAGAUCACAUCAACAUCUACAAGUGGAAAGGAGACAAACGCACAAAGGUCAAGACCAUCCGACUCUCAUCCCGGCCUCAAAGGCUCGAAGGAACCAUGCCGCAACGGAUGCACUGCUCCAAGUCGCUUUGGGCACUUGCCGUGGCGGAUGUUGUCCGCAACUACCCUCAGACGUGCCGAGACCAUGGUGGCAGUGAAUUGUUCCCUGGCUGUGCGUGGGAGAAGCAUUGGGGUUGGUGCUCCACGGCCGCCCCCACGGCGCCAUUGAGGAGCCCCUUGAACAACCCACCCAAGCUGACCAAAAACGUCUCGAAGGGCUCAGUGGACAGCGUCUAA